UGAGGAACAACUGUGACAAGAUGGAUGAAGCUUUCCGUGAUACAGCUACAUCUGUUUUUAAACUGCGAGCAGACAUCAGAGACUUGGAACAAGACGCUCUGUCAGCGAAACUUACCUACGCAACUGGUCCCAUUGCUAGUGCCCUUGACAGAGUCCUCCAUGACCACAAAGUUCAGCGACAAGCGUACCAUGGGAAAGCUUUCGUGGGUAACCAUGUCAACAAAUGCUGUGAGCCAAAGCUAAUUGACGCCCUCACUAAAGUCCCCCCGGAAGAGCUUGAGAGACAGCUGACAGACGAUAUGUCCCUUACUGCUCAAGAACGACUCAGACGGCAGGCGUUCCAACACCGUGCACAUUUUCGAGAAGUUUUUCUGAAAUUUGCAGAUGUCCAUAAGGGCAUUAACCAUGCCCUUGCUUUGACUGACCAAGAUGUUCUCCGCAUAGAUGUAAGUAUUCGGGAACUCUUGAGGACCUACCGCCAGCUUUUCCCGGAGGAAAGAAUCACUCCCAAGCUCCACCUGCUUGAAGACCAUGCUGUGGAUCAGCUACAACGCUUUCGUGUGGGGCUUGGCUUGCUCAAUGAACAAGGCGGAGAGCUCAUUCAUGCAGAAUUCAACAGAAUCGGCCGAGUGGUUCAAGGGAUGCGGGAUGACUAG